UAGGAUGUGGCGGAAAGAGAAUAGUCUUCCAACGUGGUGAACAAAGUUCGAAUCCUAACCAAGAGAAGUCUUAAGAUUCAACAUCUCAAAUAAGAUUACCUCUAGUGGAGAAACUUAUAGGAAAAAGAUUAAAAUUACAAUUGGCAUAAACUAUGUAAAAAGCUGGAAGCUAAAAUCAUGGUCCUCUUAAGGGACCCUCUUCCCUCAAAGUCUGUAAAUAGCCUUUUCCCCUGCUAUGUACGUUGGCUUUUUCUUCUGUUUUUUCCAAACAGAACACACUUUCCUUCUUCAACAUCCUAACAAAUUUGUGGAGAGGAAGGGAAGUUUCACUAUAUCAGCAGCAUCUGUAUUUGAAACAUAUCCAUCAGUGCAAGUGCACCACUUACAAACAAUUCACAUUAAAAUCAGUGGGACCAUUUUGCCUACUCAGAAGUCUAUCUAUCCAUUUUCAAAUUUGUCUUACUCACCAAGGAACAAUGCAAUGUCACCAUUCAUCUUCUAUCCUCCAUAAAUCCAUUUCAUCAUUUAUUUUUUUUCUUGGUUCACAAACACCCUUUAACCAUUGCCACACUGAAACAUGUGAUCUUAGCAUCUUAUCUUCUCAUUUUCCCAAACAACCUUUCACUACAGCAACAUCCUCUUCAAUCUUCAUUUACUAUACCAAUGGCAGAUGCCAAAAACAAUCCCAAUGCUCAGAUUCUUGAAGAACUAGAGGCUUUGAGUGAAACCCUUUACAAAUCACACACAUCCGCCACAGCUCGAAGAACAGCUUCGCUUGUUCUGCCACGAAAUACUCCUGCUCCAUCCAUUGAAGAUGACUACCACACGACGAAAGGUGAUGAUGAAAGCAAUAAUAAACCACGAGCACGUCGCAUGUCCUUGUCCCCGUGGCGAUCAAGCUCAAAGCAUGAAGAUGGAAUUUUCAAGACAAAAACCAAAGUAGUGGCAGGUAACACAUCGAUUGAUUCGGGUGAGAAUGAGAAGAAAGGGAUUUGGAAGUGGAAGCCUAUGCGGGCGCUUUCGCGUAUUGGAAUGCAGAAACUAAGUUGUUUGUUCUCUGUUGAAGUGGUUGCUGCUCAAGACCUUCCUUCUUCCAUGAAUGGCCUAAGGCUAGCUGUUUGCGUAAGGAAGAAGGAAACAAAGGAUGGUGCUGUUAAGACAAUGCCGUCGCGUGUUUCACAAGGAGCUGCUGAUUUCGAAGAGACACUUUUCAUCAAGUGCCAUGCUUAUUACACCAACACCAAUGGCAGUGGGAAGAGGAUUAAGUUUGAGCCACGUCCCUUUUGGAUUUACCUUUUUGCUGUUGAUGCUCAAGAGCUUGAUUUUGGAAGAAGUGCUGUGGAUUUGAGCGAGUUGAUUCGAGAGUCCGUUGAGAAAAACCAACAAGGGGCUCGAGUUAGGCAAUGGGAUACGAGCUUUGGGUUAUCUGGAAAGGCAAAAGGAGGAGAACUUGUUGUGAAACUUGGUUUCCAGAUUGUGGAGAAAGAUGGAGGAGUUGAUAUAUAUAAUACUAAUAGCAAUAGUCCAAUGGAGAGUUCAAAGUCCAGCAAGUUGAGUAGUUUCUCAUCUUCUUUUGCACGCAAACAAUCAAAGACAUCCUUCAGUGUGCCUAGUCCUAGAAUGACGAGCAGAAAUGACGCAUGGACUCCUUCACAUUCACAUGAAGGUGGCAUUCAAGGAAUGGAUGAUUUGAAUCUUGAUGACCCGAACCCAGUUCAGGAUUCCUCUUCUUCUGCUCAGAAAGUUGAUGACCACAUAGAACAGGUAGAGGAUUUUGACCUUCCAGAUUUUGAGGUUGUUGAUAAAGGGAUUGAGGUUCAAGAGAAGGAAGAAGAUGGAGGGGAAUCGGAUAAAUUUGUAGAAGAAAAACCAGUUGCAGACGAGGUUGUGAAGGAAGUAGUGCACGAUCACGUGCACCAUGCUAGAUUGUCUGAGCUUGAUUCAAUUGCCCAGCAAAUAAAAGCUCUUGAGUCAAUGAUGGGAAAUAAUGGUAUGAACAAGUUAAUGAACAUAGAGGAAGAGACAGAUGCAUUGGAUGCAGAUGAAGAAACUGUAACUAGGGAAUUUCUUGAGAUGUUUGAGGAUCAAGACAACAAAGAAUACUUAUUCAAUCAACCUGAAAUUCCACAUUUACAACUCGAAGAAGGACACGAAGAUUCUCCUACAGAUGGAGGAGAAUCCAAAGUAUAUAUUUCUGAUCUUGGUAAAGGCUUGUGUUGCGUGGUUCGAACAAGAGAUGGGGGCUACUUGGCUUCCAUGAAUCCUUUGGAUGUUGCUGUGGCUAGAAAAGAUAUUCCAAAGCUGGCAAUGCAGAUGUCAAAGCCUUUUGUGUUGGCAUUGCAGGAAUCCAUGAGCGGUUUUGAUUUGUUUCAGAAAUUGGCCAGCGUUGGUCUUGAUGAACUCGGCUCUCUAGUUUUAUCCUCCUUGAUGCCAAUAGAUGAACUGAUAGGUAAAACUGCAGAGCAGAUUGCUUUUGAAGGCAUUGCAUCAGCCAUCAUACAAGGUAGGAACAAGGAAGGAGCGAGUUCUAGUGCUGCACGCAUAGUUUCUGCUUUGAAAAGCAUGUCGACCAUUAUGAGUUCAGGAAGGAAAGAACGAAUAUCAACGGGACUUUGGAAUGUUGAUGAAGAUCCAGUUACUUCAGAGAACCUUCUUCCAAUUUCAAUGCAGAAGAUUGAGUCCAUGACAGUUGAGGCAUUGAAAAUUCAAGCUGACAUGGCUGAGGAAGAAGCUCCGUUUGAUGUAUCUGCACUCAGCUCAAAGAAAGGGGAAAAUGGGAAAGAUCUUUUGGCUUCUGCUAUUCCACUUGAGGAUUGGAUUAGAGACCAAAGCUUAAACUACAACAACGGUGCUGCAACUUCAAGUUCUGAUGGUGGACCUGAAAGAGUCACAGUGAUAUCGGUUGUCCAACUGCGGGAUCCAAUGAGACGCUAUGAAGCAGUUGGAGGUCCUGUGAUGGUGCUUAUUCAUGCAACACGUGCCGGCACGAAGGGGAAUGAGGAGGAGAAGAGAUUCAAAGUAACAAGCAUGCAUGUAGGAGGUUUCAAGGUUAGGAGUUCCACAAAGAAGAAUGCAUGGGACAAUGAGAAGCAAAGAUUAACUGCAAUCCAAUGGUUGGUUGCAUAUGGGUUGGGAAAGGGAGGCAAAAAAGGGAAGCCGGCAUUGGCAAAGGGACAAGACCUGCUAUGGAGCAUUUCCUCCCGGAUUGUGGCGGAUAUGUGGCUUAAAACCAUGAGAAAUCCAGAUGUCAAGCUUGUAAAGUGAUUUGUUAUGCCAAGGAAAUAGUCUUGCAUUCAUGUAUCAUAAAAUGCUUCAUCCAUCAUAGAAAGUUUCAUUGUGCUGAUUUGUGAAUACAAAUAUUGUGUAAAUGUCAUGCAAGGAUAUAUAGGACGUGUGAUAUUUGAAAGAUAAAAAGGGUAAAUUAUCUUUACAAGGGUCUGAAACUGAGUAACCACAUUUGAUCUUUUUUUCAUUUUGAUAUUUCUUUCUUUUUCUGUUUGUCCCUUUUGGUGUUCUUUCAACUUGUCGGUUCAUAUUUGUUGAUUUGGUUUGAUAAAAUAUAAAUACAGAACAUGUAUUUCAGCA